GCAAUUGUUAUUUUCCCCAGAGCGGCUUUGUCUUUGGAUUUAGCGUUUCAGAAUUGCAGUCCAAAAUGUGUAAGGCAGGAUGUUCUGUUCUGUGCUGUCAAGGGACAUGGAUUUGAUUGACAUACUUUGGAGGCAAGAUAUAGAUCUUGGGGUAAGUCGUGAAGUAUUCGACUUCAGUCUGCGGCGCAAGGAGUUUGAGCUGGAAAAACAGAAAAAACUUGAAAAGGAAAGACAAGAACAACUCCAAAAGGAGCAAGAAAAAGCCUUUUUUGCUCAGCUGCAACUGGAUGAAGAGACAGGCGAAUUCCUCCCGAUUCAGCCAGCCCAACACAUCCCAUCAGAAACCAGUGGAUCUGCCAACUUCUCCAAGGUUGCUCACAUUCCCAAACCAGAUGCUUUAUACUUCGAUGACUGCAUGCAGCUUUUGGCAUUCCCAUUUGUAGAUAACAAUGAGGUUUCUUCGGCUACCUUUCAAUCACUUGUUCCUGAUAUUCCCAGCCACGCCGAGAGCCCAGUCUUCACUGCUCCUAGUCCAACUCAGUCAUCUGAAAAUUCUGCCCUUCAGACAACUGAUGCCCAUUUAGACAAUAUGCUACAGGAUGUUGAUCAAGUUUGGGAGGAGCUAUUAUCCAUUCCAGAAUUACAGUGUCUUAAUAUUCAAAAUGACAAGCUAGUUGAGACUAGCACUGUGGCAACCCCAGAAACUAAACUGACAGAAAUUGACAACUAUCAUUUCUACUCGCCCAUCCCUGCACUGGAAAAAGAAGUAGGUGACUGCAGUCCACAUUUUGUCAAUGCUUUUGAGGAUUUCUUUGGCAACAUCCUACCCACAGACGACCCCAACCAGUUGGCAGUGAACUCAUUAAAUUCAAAUGAUACAACAAUAAAUACUGAUUUUGGUGAUGAAUUUUAUUCUGCUUUUAUAGCAGAGCCCAGCAUCAGCAACAGCAUGCCCUCCUCUGCUACUUUAAGCCAAUCACUCUCUGAACUUCUAAACGGGCCUAUUGAUGUUUCUGAUCUAUCACUUUGUAAAGCUUUCAACCAAAACCACACCGAAAGCACAGGAGAAUUCAAUGAUUCUGACUCUGGCAUUUCACUGAACACAAGUCCCAGCAUGGCAUCACCAGAACACUCAUUGGAAUCUUCCAUCUAUGGAGAUACACCACUUGGUUUCAGUGAUUCUGAAAUGGAAGAGAGAGAUAGUACCCCUCAAAGUGUCAAACAGAAUGGUCCUAAAACACAGCCAGUACAGUCUUCUGGGGAUACAGCCCAACCCCUGUCACCACCUCCAGGGCACACUGCCUCAGUACUUGAUGGCCAGUGUGAAAAUGCCCCAAGGAAAGAAGAGCCUAUAAAUCCUGGUCAUCAAAAGGCCCCAUUCACAAAAGACAAGCAUCCAAAUCGCCUGGAGGCUCAUCUCACCAGAGAUGAGCUAAGGGCAAAAGCUCUCCAUAUUCCAUUCCCUGUAGAGAAAAUCAUUAAUCUCCCUGUUGAUGACUUCAAUGAAAUGAUGUCCAAAGAGCAGUUCAAUGAAGCUCAACUUGCAUUAAUAAGAGAUAUACGUAGGAGGGGUAAGAAUAAAGUGGCUGCUCAGAAUUGCAGAAAAAGAAAACUGGAGAAUAUAGUUGAACUAGAGCAAGAUUUGGAUCAUUUAAAAGAUGAAAAAGAAAAAUUGCUCAAAGAAAAAGGAGAAAACGACAAAAGCCUCCACCUACUGAAAAAACAACUCAGCACCUUGUACCUUGAGGUCUUCAGCAUGCUGCGAGAUGAAGACGGGAACCCAUAUUCCCCUAGUGAGUACUCUCUGCAGCAGACUAGAGAUGGCAACGUAUUCCUUGUGCCCAAAAGUAAGAAGCCAGAUAUUAAGAAAAAUUAAAUUUGGGACGAUUUGACCUUUCUGAGCUGUGGUGGUUUUUUGUUUUUUGUACUGUUAUAUAUACUAAAAGCUCCUACUGUGAUGUGAAAUGCAGACAGAAAUAUACUUUAUAAUUCUAUGCAAGAUUACAGCCAAAACUAGUAUAGAAAAUAUAAAACUUUAAAAAGCAUUAAAAGUUAUCAGUAUGUUGAAUCAGUAGUUCCACUUUUACUGCAAACUUAAUUCCUUA